AUGGUUCAACGCCAUGGGAACGAGCCGUCUCUAGUCACAGAACGAGAGCCUCUUUUGAGUGACACUGCGCAGCCCAGCUCCGACUACCUCUAUCACGCCUGUCGCAGUACUCCUGAGGAAGGCAUCUACAAUCGAUUUAUCAAGCCAGUUCCCGAGGAAGACGAGGAUCGGAGUCUAGGAAGCGACGAAACCGAGUCGUUGAAGCAAAGCGCCCAUGUGAAUGUCGUCAAGAUCAUAUCUGUCAUGCUGCUAGGCAUCUUCGUCGCACAGACAGAUACGUCCAUUCUCAUGGCAACACAUGCAAUUAUUGCGUCCGAGUUCAACGCCUUGAAGGACUCUAGCUGGCUCAUUAUCAGUUUCUCUCUAGCUGGGGCGGCCACGCAGACUUUGUACGGCAAGUUAAGUGACAUCUAUGGGCGCAAGAGGAUGGUGAUAAUCGCGUAUACCAUGUUCAUGGUUGGCUGUGCAAUUGUCGGUGUUGGCCAGACAAUGUCGCAGGUUGUCCUGGGCCGAAUUGUAUCCGGUGCUGGAGCCUCUGGCAUGUCCGCACUCGUGUCCGUUCUCAUCACAGAUCUGCUUCCUCUCCGAGAAGUUGCUCAGUGGAGAGCGUCGUUCCGCGGUCAAGUGCCACUCAUAACCCUGGCCAUCAUUCUCUGCUCAGCAUAUUUACCCAGCUACACCAGCACGCUAGACGAGACAGAUGACGCCACCCAGUUGAAGAAGAGCAAGCUCAGCCGUAUCGACUUCAAGGGUUCGUUCAUCUUCGCUGCCCUUGUGCUGGCCCUGCUUCUCCCCAUCGAUCUCGGCGGCGUCAAGAUCCCCUGGUCCCACCCGCUCAUUUUCGUCUUUCUCGGUGCCAGCGUCAUCCUUCUCGUCUUGUUCAUUGCAGUAGAAAGGCGACAGGCCGAGCCAAUCCUGCCGCUGGAGAUGUUCCACAGCAAAGACGCCAUCCUUUCGUUCUUGAUCCUGGGACUCCAAACCGCCGCCCAGGUGGGACUCAUGUUCACUGUCCCCCUCUACUUCCAAGUGACAUCCACGCCGCGGCCGUCCGCCACCGUCGCGGGCGCGCACCUCGUCCCUGCCGUUAUGGGCAACGCUAUCGGCGGCAUCAUCUCCGGUUCCGCCAUCAAACGCUCAGGACGGUACAAGUCCCUCGUCAUCUGGGCCGUGACCUGCUCCUCCGUCGGCUAUCUUCUCCUAAUGCUGAGGUGGCACGGCAACACCAACUCUUGGUUCGAAUCGCUGUACAUCUUCCCCGGAGGCUUUGGCAUGGGGGUCACGAGCAGCGCGCUGUUCAUCUCGCUUCAGGUGGUCAUUGACCCGGCCCACAUGGCGCCUGCUGUGUCGUUCAUGUAUCUGAUGCAAACGGUAUGGAUGACGAUUGGGUUGCCGGCUGCGAACACGAUUAUGCAGAUCGUGCUUCGAAAAAACCUUGAGAUUCGGCUGUUGAAGCUAGGAUAUGACAAAGUUGAGGUAGCCAAGGUCAUAUCGAAGGCGGUUUCUGAUGUUGACUUUAUCGACGGCGCAAUCAGUAAGGUCAGGGAUGCUGUUGUCCAGUCGUAUAUUGACGGCCUAUGGUGGAGUCACGGGUUCUCGUUUGCCUGCUCGGUCACUGCACUUGUGCUGGCUGUCUUCCUCAAGCAGAGGAGGCUCGACGUACACAAGUCUAACCCCUGA